AUGAACACCCUGCGCACCUUCAUGCUGAUGGCCGCCAUGACGGCGCUGUUCGUCGGUCUGGGCUAUCUGCUCGGCGGCCAGGCCGGCCUGCUGAUCGCCUUCGGCCUGGCCGCGGCGAUGAACCUCUUCGCCUACUGGAACAGCGACAAGAUGCUGCUGCGCAUGUACGGCGCGCGGCAGGUCGACGCCCAGUCGGCGCCGACCCUCUACCGGCUGGUCGAGCAGCUCGCCGCCAAUGCCGAGCUGCCGAUGCCGAAGGUCUUCAUCAUCGAGAACGCCCAGCCGAAUGCCUUCGCCACCGGGCGUAACCCGCAGAAUGCGGCGGUGGCCGCGACCACCGGCCUGCUGCGCAGCCUCUCCAGCGAGGAGGUGGCGGGGGUGAUGGCGCACGAGCUGGCGCACAUCAAGAACCGCGACACGCUGAUCAUGACGAUCACCGCGACCCUGGCCGGCGCCAUCUCGAUGCUGGCCAACUUCGCGCUCUUCUUCGGCGGCAACCGCGACAAUCCGCUGGGGCUGGUCGGCACGCUGGCGAUGAUGAUCCUGGCGCCGAUGGCCGCCGCGCUGGUGCAGAUGGCGAUCAGCCGCGCGCGCGAGUACGAGGCCGACCGCGUCGGCGCCGAGAUUUCCGGCCGGCCGCUGUGGCUGGCGGGCGCGCUGGACAAGAUCCAGACCGCCGCGCAGCGGAUCGACAACCAGGCGGCCGAGCGACACCCGGCGACCGCGCACCUCUUCAUCAUCAACCCGCUGCACGCCCACGCCGUCGACAGCCUCUUCUCGACCCAUCCCAAGACCGCCAACCGCAUCGCCAAGCUGCGCGCCCUGGCCGCCGGCAUGGGCCAGGCGCGCACGCAGGCCGGCGCGCUGCGCCGCGUCGGCGUCGAGAUCGAGUUCGACGGGCUCGACUGCGCCGAGACCGGCGGCCUGCUGCGCCGGCUGUUCGGUGGCCGCAUCGUCUGGCACGACCCCUACCGCCUGGAGCUGCUCGACUCCGCGCUCGGCCGCUUCCUGGUCGAGCUGGACAUGUCGCUGGCCCAUCCGGAAAAGCCGGACGAGCGCCGCCGGCGCGACGAGUGGGACGACUUCAUCGCCGAGCUGGAGGCCGACCUGGCCGAGACCGUGGGCGACCUGGGCUCCUUGUGGAUGCCGGUGGAGAUCGUCGCGCCGCCGAUCGCCUGGAGCGAGCUGGGCGCGCUCGACCGCCUGGUCGAGAGCCUGCGACAGUCCGGCGCCGGCGGCACGCGCAGCGGCCUGCUCUCGGCCUACGGCACCCAGCUCAAUCCCGAGAUCGCCAGCAGCGAGACCGGUGAGCUGCUGGCCACCCUGCGGGCCUUCCUGCUGCUCUCCGACUGGCUGCGCGAGGAGAUCGGCGUCGACCUGCGACGCCGCUUCACGCCCUUCAUCGACCCCUUUCCCAACGCCUACCGCGAGCUGGUGCUCGAUCCGGCCUACGCCCCCGACCGGCACCGGCUGAUCGACGACUACCUGGCCCACAACCCGACCCGCAACCGCGAGCUGGACCUGCUGCCGCUCUUCGCCUUUCUGGAGCCCGAGCGGGUGCGCGCGCGCCUGCCGCGCGAGAAGAUCCACGCCCGGCCGACCUUCCACUACCGCCUGCCGGACACCCGCCUGGACCUGCCGGACUGGUCGGUCGGCCUGGAGUGGGAGCGCUGGGUGACGGUCGAGCGCCUGGCCGCCGACCCGGACCGCCUGGGCCGCGGCAUGGAGCUGUUCCGCCGCCACCGCGGUGGCCGACGGCUCCGUCGCGCGCUCCGGGCCGCCCGGCUCCGCCGCGCGGCGAUGAGCCGGCGCCCGCUGAUCGGCGUGACACUGUCGCGCCGCGGCAGUCUGGGCAUGUGGCUGUUCAACGCCGCCGCGGUGCUACGCGCCGGCGGCUGGCCGCGCCGCAUCCAGCCCGACGCCGCCCAGCCGCUGGCCGCGCUGGACGGCCUGGUGGUCGGCGGCGGCGACGACAUCGCCCCGACGCUCUACGGCGGCGAGCUGGACCCGGCGAUCCGCCUCGACCCGGAGCGCGACGCGCUGGAGCUGCGUGCGCUGGACUUCGCCAUGACCCGCGGCUGGCCGGUGCUGGGCAUCUGCCGCGGCGCGCAGAUGCUCAACGUCGCGCUGGGCGGCACGCUGCACGCCGACAUCCACGCGGUCUACGCCGACGCCAAGCGGCUGCGCACGACCCUGCCGCGCAAGACCGUGAGCAUCCGCCCGCACAGCCGCCUGCACGAGAUCCUGCGGCGCGAGCGGGCGCGGGUGAACGCCCUGCAUCACCAGGCGGUCGACCGCCUGGGCGAGGGGCUGACGGUGGUGGCGCGCGACCGCGCCGGCGUGAUCCAGGCGAUCGAGGGCCGCCGCGACGGCCUGCUGCUCGGCGUGCAGUGGCAUCCGGAGUUCCUGAUCCACGACCGCGGCCAGAUGCGCCUCUACCGGCAUCUGGUGCGCCGCGCUUGA